AUGGGGAUGCGCAAGAGGAGCAGCGAUGAUCCUGAUCCAAGCGUACCAUCCCGGACAAGGACGGGAAAGGAUAGCCGCGAUGGGCGGAGCAGCACUUUCUCCACACAAUCUGUGGAGCGCUGGCUGCUCAUCGUCGCAGCAUCUCACCGAUCUCUGAGCGUUCUGCUGCUCAUCCUCUUUGGUCUGCUGCAACAUCCAUUUGACGCUUCUUCAUGCGUCCCACAAUCCACCCUUGCAACGCUCUUUACUCGAUGGGACACGACGCACUAUCUCACCCUCGCCUCUCCUGAUCGACGUGGUGCAGAGGGGCAUUCGCUCAACGGAUCGAUCGGUGGAUAUGGGUGGGAGCAUGGCAUUGCUUUUCAGCCCGCUUUGCCUUGGAUGCUUAGACUCGCAGGCAGCUUGCCACUUGUCAUACCGGGCCAGACUUGGAGUGCAGAAUCUGCUAUCGCCAUAACAUCGACCCUGUGCGCCCUGAGCAGCAUAGCUUGUCCACUCUUGCUCUUCAGGUAGGUGCAGCCAGCGCUGCGUCUGGCUCAGCUCGCAAUCCUCCUUGUUCGUAUGCUCACGCUGACCCUCAUACCGAUGCUCACCUCUUCUGCCCUGCCGAACGCCACAGACUUGGUCGAAAGCACACCAAUGACGAAAUCUUCUCUCUCACGGCCGCAUUUUUGAGCAUCCUCACACCAUCUCCGUGGGCUCAAAUCACCCCUACUCCUGAAGCGCCCUUCGCAUGCGCCUUUCUCAGCUUGUGUCUCCUCCUGUCUCCGUCCAAAGCCGAAGGCGAUGGCCUUGAUCCUAGGCCGAGCGGUAUCAAGGAGACCUUGGAGCAGAACAAUCGACCUGUGCGCGCGGCGCGCUUGGUCCUCGCUGCUGUGCUAGGUGCUGUCUGUAGCGCUCUGCGCGCCAAUGGCGUGUUGACCAGCGGGCUAUUGCUUUGGCACAUUCUGUGGGACGGGGCUGGUGGCCGAGGAGGAUGGAAGCUAAGCAGGGUGAGUGGUCAAGAAUGGCCUGCUGCAUGCGGCAUGGCUCAUCGAUAUCUGGUACCUGCGUGCGCUCACCGAAGCUGAAUACAGUCCGCUCGCUUGCUCUCCUGCGCAGCUGCAUUGCUUGUUCAUGCUUCCUCUCGUCCUCUUGCCAGUGCUGCCUUUGAUUUUAGUCCAAGUAUGGAUGCAACAACACAUGUGCGGCCCGUCUCGCGCUCAAGCUCGCAACGGAUCGCUUAGCGAGGAAGCACGACUACCGCCUUACUGCUCAGACGGGCCGUACAGCUUCUCUGCCUACAGCUACGUGCAAAAGAGGUACUGGAAUGUGGGACCAUUCGCCUACUGGACCAUUGCUCAAUCGCCCAAUCUGCUCUUGGCUGCACCGAUACUAAUGCCCAUGCUGGAUUGCGUUUGGACCUACUACUCUUCAGACUGGAAGAGCGUCUGUCGACGAACGUUGCAACCUUGGUCGAAAGGCGCGCAUGUGCACCACACGUCAGGCGUACAAUCACGGUUGCUCACGCGCCAUGGCCCACACUUGCGAGGACGCAUCUUAACGAUGCAGAGUGCUCCGCAUAUGCUCGUCGUCGUGCAUCAUGCUACUCUAUCGGCGCUGCUCUUGAUCAUCAUGGCGCACACGCAGAUCUCCCUCAGGCUCGCCAUAGCACUACCAGUGGUCUGGUGGGGCGCUGCCGACUGGGUCUUGCAGGGCGAAGAAGGCACAACCGGGUCGAAGCGGAGAGAGUUUUGCGAUGCGAAAGACCAAGGCGAAGCGCAAGACGAUGGCAAGUCCUCUGGGUCCGGGAAUGAUUCGAGAAGCUGUGCAACGGGUGCUGGGGGAAAAGUUGCAGUGGCUCUUACCCCUAGAGCUAGGUACCUCGUGGGCUUUCUUGUCAUGUGGAACAUAAUCAGUUUGGCCCUGUACGCCGGCUUUUAUCCUCCUGCUUGA